AUGUUGGCCGAGCCGAUUUCGGCCUCGGACAUCACCGCCCGGGUCGAGAAGACGACGCACCCGGAGAUGAAGAAUUCCCGGGUGUUGCCGAUGCGCCCUGAAAAGGGCUACAUUUCCCUGAGGAUGGGGGUCGUCAAAGACUCCCUGCCCCCUGUCCCAGAGGACAAAGAGAUCCGGGCCAAGAAUCGGGCCCGGAACGAGGAGCAGAAGAAGGCCAAGGAUGACAAAAAGGCCAAGAUAGAGGGCGGAGGAGGCAGCACCGACUGGCUCGACGAGCUCGCGGAGGAGGAUGACGUUAUCCCUCCAGCCGGCGAGGGGAUCGAGGCCCCGGCGGAUUCGCGGGCCCGAGGGGGGUCGGAGGCCCGAGGUGGGUCGGAGGCCCCCCAGGGGGCCCAAGUGCCGGGAGACGGACAGGCCGUCCCCCACAUCAUUGUGGAUGAUGAGGAUAGCGCCCCUCAUGAGGGUUCGGCCCCGGUGGGACCUCAAGAAGGGGAGAGGGCGUCGGAGGCCGGAUCCGAGGCGCUUCCUCAUCUGCUAGCGCCAGAGGCUCCGGAAGAGCCCGCCCCAGCGACCAGGGCGGGAACUGAUGCCUCGGUGGAGGCGCCGCAGGCUGAGACCGCUGCGGUAUCUCCUGCGCUGUCGGCAGGCGAGGCCGGGAUCGGACCAGUGGCCCCUGGUGCCGCGGGAGGCCCCUUGGGAGCUCCGAGCUUCCAGAAGAAGUCUGCUCCCCGAGCGAGCCGUAAGCACAAGGCGCCCUCAGUGGCGCUGGCCCCGCUGAAGGCCGUGAAGAGGGGAGUUCAGUCGACUCCCGGGUCGGCCAGGCCUGCGUCGCCGCCGCCUCCAGGCUAUGAGGAGGCGGGGCGGCACCAGGGGCAAGACACGGGAGCGCCAAAGCCCCCAGGAUCGGAGGAUGCUGACCUCGGAGGUGCGGCCCGGUCUGCGCGCGCCGAGGAAGGCCGAGCCAUCGUGGUGUCCAGCAUGGCGCCCGAGGCCCCUGCGGCGGGAAGGGAGGAGGAAACCGGAUGGGGCACGAGCCCCGGUCUGGAUGCGUGUGGGCGUGCCGGGGUCGAGGCCCUUAACCGAGCUACCCAGCUCGUGGGCCGCGACAUGUUUAAUUUGGCUCAGGCGCUCAAGGCCACUUCCCAGGAGAAAUCGGUGUUUCUCCAAGUGCUCAGCAUUGGCCACUGA